AUGUGGGACUCGCCCGACCUCUCGGCCACUCGCUGUCCCGCUCUACGAAGCGCGGGCGUGAGGCCGCCCUCUGUGCGGCUGGAUGAGUCUGUCUUUGGAGCUGCGAGGCUCUCUGCACGUUACAGCUGGGCUGCAGCACCGCACGGCGCCGCCUUGGGUCCUGAAGGGGAGCAGCGGCCCGAAGAGGAGCCCUUGGCUCCAGACGGCAGCUCCCCGGACAGGUCCCAGACCAAGGCUGUGGCCCCUGAAGCAAGCCCGGAGCGAAGCUGCUCCCUCCACAGCUGCCCCCUGGAGGACCCUUCCAGUUCUUCAGGACGCCCACAAACAAAUUCCAUCCUCCCGCCUGUGGGUCCAUCCAGCCCCUUGGCCCCUGCCCACUUCAUCUAUCCCCAGGCACCACAGGACUACCAGGGGGGCAGUUCUCUGCUGGGACCGGGGGACCAGACAGCUCUCUGCUCCCAUGGCUCCAGCCUCAGCCCCUCCCCAGCCCCCUCACAGCUUGAUGGGGCCUGGAAGCCACCCCUGCAGCACCAUGUGGUCACCGUCAGGCAGGAACAGGCCUUCCAGAUGCCAAAGAGCUAUUCCCAGCUGAUUGCUGAGUGGCCAGUGGCCAUGCUGCUGCUGUGUCUGGGUGUCAUCCUCCUCUGCACCAUGGCUGGACUGCUGGGGAGCCGGCCUCCUGACUUCUCCGAGCCUCUGCUGGGUUUCGAGCCUCGGGACACGGACAUCGGGCGCAAGCUGGUGGUCUGGAGAACUCUGCAGGUCCUCACGGGCCCCAGAAAGCUGCUUUCCCUGUCCCCAGACCUGGAGCAGAACAGCUCCAGCUCCCAUGGCACCCGGAGCCCAGCACCUGGGGUCGUUGCCCAGGCGAAUGUUGUGCGGUCUCGGAGGAUGGUGGAGCCCCCAGAGGAAAAGCAGGAGGAGAGCUUCUUCUGCGGCCCCCCAGAGAAGAGCUACGCAAAGCUGGUGUUCAUGUCCACCUCGUCGGGCAGCCUGUGGAAUGUGCAUGCCAUUCAUUCCAUGUGUCGGAUGGAACAGGACCAGAUCCGCUCCCACACCCGCUUCGGGGCUCUGUGCCAGAGGACGGCAGCCAAUGAGUGCUGCCCCAGCUGGUCUCUGGGCAACUACGUGGCUGUGCUCUCCAACCGCUCCUCCUGCCUGGACACCACCCACGCUGACACAGCCCGCAUCCUGCUCCUGCUGCGGGCCUGUGCGCUGUACUACCACCGGGGGGCCCUGGUGCCCUCCUGUCUGGGACCCGCGCAUGACAAGUCCCCACACUGUGCCCAGGUUCCCACCAAAUGCACCCAGAGCAGUGCCAUCUACCAACUCCUGCACUUUCUGCUCGAUAGGGACUUUCUGAGCCCCCAGACUGCUGACUACCAGGUGCCCUCUCUCAAGUACAGCCUGCUCUUCCUGCCCACCCAGAAGGGGGCCUCCAUGAUGGACAUCUACCUGGACGGCCUGGUCACCCCCUGGGCGAUUUCUGACAACUACACGUCCAUCACGGGAAUGGACCUGGGCCUUAAGCAGGCGCUGCUGAGGCAUUACUUGGCCCAGGACACGGUGUACCCCGUGCUGUCCCUGGCUGCCAUCUUCUUCGGCAUUGCCCUCUACCUGCGCUCGCUCUUCGUCACGCUCAUGGUGCUGCUCGGGGUGCUGGGCUCCCUGCUGGUGGCCUUCUUUCUUUACCACGUGGCCUUCCGCAUGGCUUACUUCCCCUUCGUCAACCUGGCAGCCGUCAUUCUGCUCAGCGGCGUCUGCGCCAACCACACGCUCAUCUUCUUUGACCUGUGGCGCCUCAGCAAGAACCAGCUGCCCUCUGGGGGGCUGGCGCAGCGCGUGGCCCGCACCAUGCACCACUUUGGCUACCUGCUGCUCGUCUCGGGCCUCACCACCAGCGCGGCCUUCUAUGCCAGCUACCUGAGCCACCUGCCGGCCGUGCGCUGCUUCGCCCUCUACAUGGGCACGGCGGUGCUGGCGCACCUGGCGCUCACGCUGGCCUGGCUGCCCGCCUCCGCCGUGAUCCACGAGCGCUACGUGGCGCGCGGCUGUGCGCCUCAGGGCCCGUGGGGCCGCAGCGCGCCGGGGCGCCUGGUGCUGGCGCUACACCGGCGGCUCCGUGGCCUCCGAAAGGCGGCCGCCAUGGGCUCCCGCCUGCUCUUCCAGCGCCUGCUGCCCUGCGGCGUCAUCAAGUUCCGCUACAUCUGGAUCUGCUGGUUCGCGGCGCUGGCGGCAGGGGGCGCCUACAUCGGCGGCGUCAGCCCGCGCCUGCAGCUGCCCAUCCUGCCGCCCCGCGGCGGCCAGGUCUUCCGGCCCAGUCACCCCUUCGAGCGCUUCGACGCGGAGUACCGCCAGCAGUUCCUGUUUGAGCAGCCUGCUCAGGGCAAAGGAGGCCGCAUGCCCGUGGUUUUGGUGUGGGGCGUCCUGCCCGUAGACACUGGCGACCCCCUGGACCCUCGCAGCAACAGUUCCCUGUUGAGCGACCCCGCCUUCUCAGCCAGUGGCCCCGAGGCCCAGCGCUGGCUGCUGGCGCUCUGCCACAGUGCGCGGAAUCAGAGCUUUUUCGGCCCCCAGCCGGAGGGGGGUCCCACGCUGUGUUUCAUGGAGGCCCUCCAGCGCUGGAUGGAGGGCCCUGGCUGUGCCCGCCUGGGCCCCGACCUCUGCUGCGGGCAGUCGGGCUUCCCCUGGGCCCCCCAGCUUUUCCUGCACUGCCUCAAGAUGAUGGCUCUGGAGCAAGGCCCCAAUGGCACCCGGGACCUAGGGCCCCGCUUUGAUGCCCAGGGCAGCCUAGCUGCCCUGGUGCUGCAGUUCCAGACCAACUUCGAGUACAGUCCAGACUACAGCCAGAUUCACCACUUCUACACCGAGGUCAGCCACUGGCUGGCCACGGAACUGCGCGCGGCGCCCCCUGGCCUCCGUGGCGGGUGGUUCACCAGCCGCCUGGAUCUGUUCAGCCUGCAGCACAGCCUGAGCACUGAGCCUGCGGUGGUGCUGGGCCUGGCUCUGGCGCUGGCCUUCGCCACGAUGCUUCUGGGCACCUGGAACGUUCCGCUCAGUCUGUUCUCCGUGGCUGCCGUGGCUGGCACUGUGCUGCUCACCGUGGGACUCCUGGUUCUCCUCGAGUGGCAGCUCAACACUGCCGAGGCCCUCUUUCUCUCUGCCUCCGUGGGCCUCUCCGUAGACUUCACAGUCAACUACUGCAUCUCUUACCACCUGUGCCCACACCCUGACCGCCUGAGCCGCGUGGCCUUCUCGCUGCGCCAGACCAGCCGCGCCACCGCCGCGGGGACCGCAGCCCUGUUUGCAGCUGGCGUGCUCAUGCUGCCUGCCACGGUGCUGCUCUACCGCAAGCUGGGCAUCAUCCUCAUGAUGGUCAAGUGUGUCAGCUGUGGCUUUGCCAGCUUCUUCUUCCAGUCUCUGUGCUGUUUCUUUGGGCCCGAAAAGAACUGUGGACAGAUCCUCUGGCCCUGUGCCCACCUGCCGUGGGACAUUGGAACCGGCGAUCCUGCCGGGGAAAAGUCAGGCCACCCGCGACCUGGCUCAGUGGGAGGGGGGUCCGGGUCCUGCUCAGACCACUAUGAGCUGCAGCCCCUGGCCCGGCGCCGGAGCCCCAGCUUCGACACCAGCACAGCCACCAGCAAGCUGUCCCACCGGCCCUCAGUCCUCUCUGAGGACCUGCAGCUGCACGAUGGCUCCUGCUGCUCCCGGCUCCCGCCGGCCCCCGCCUCCCCCAGGGAGCUGCUGCUAGACCACCAGGCGGUCUUCAGCCAGUGCCCAGCCCUGCAGACCUCCUCCCCUUACAAGCAAGCUGGCCCUAGCCCCAAAACCCAGGCCAGGCAGGAGCCCCAAGGGCAGAAAGAUGAGCCCCUGCAGGCCUCCCCUGAAGCCCCGCCCCACUCCCCCAAGACCAAGGCCGAAGAGCUUCCUGAUGGCCUCUGCUCAUCAGCCAGCACCCUAGAGGGGCUCAGCGUCUCCGACGAGACCUGCCUAAGCACCUCUGAACCCAGCGCCCGAGUGCCAGAUUCCAUGGGCGCCUCCCCGGAGGACCUGGAUGACACUGGGCAGCCAGUCCCCGAGCGGGGCCAGCUGAAUGGGAAACGGGACACCCUGUGGCUGGCCCUGAGGGAGACGGUGUACGACCCGUCACUGCCCGCCUCCCACCAGAGCAGCUCAUCCUGGAAGGGCCGUGGAGGGCUGGGGGAUGACAGCCCCGUGAUGCUGCCCAAUAGCCAGCCCGAUCUGCCCGAUGUUUGGCUGCGCAGGCCCAGCAGCCACACCUCAGGCUAUAGCAGCUGAGGGGGCCCAGGGAGGCAGCACCGGGGCUCAGAACUCCUGCUGGGGGAGGGUAAGGCAGGGGAGGUCCCACCCCCAAUCCACAUGGGGAGGUCCCACCCCCCAGCUGUGGGUUUUAAACCCUGCCCAACGUUCUGGCCUUGAUCAGGCCGUUACUCACCCUUCUGGUCUGGAGGCCUCAGCGGACACCAGGCUGUCCUUAUGGCCUGCUGGGGACCUCUCUGUCCCCUACAGUGCCAGCCAGGAGCCCUCCUCUGGAAAGGGGAAAAGCCAGAUGGGAGAACCUGGCCCCCAUCCCCAGUGGCCAGAAGACCGUGAAACCGAGGGCCCCUGUCCCCAGGCCCCUGUCAGGUGCCUCACUGACCAGCAUGGCCCCCGGGGUGCCCCGCAGCCUCCUGGGUCUCACCUCCCUCCCUCAUGGGCUAUUGGUCAGGGCACUGCCCUAGGCCAGAACUGGGCGAAGCCCCUGUGCUCAACUUCCCUGCUCUCCUCGCUGUCCCCAGGCUGAGCAGGAAGUCCCCAAGGCCAGGCAGAGUUGCUUGUGGGAGUGAGCAGGAGGAGGAGGGAGAACGGUCAGCCUCGGAGCACCCCAGAAUGGCAUGACAGUCCCUGCGGGAGCAGGCUUGGGUGCUGUCCUAGUAAUAGACAGCAGCAACCCUGUCAGUCCCCGGAACCUCGCUGCCUCACCAGGGGAGCCUGUGGCUGGUCAGCUGCUUCUAUGCCAACUUCAAGGUCAAGACAUGGAAACUAAGGAAGGCUCACUGAUUGACCCCACGCGCUACAGCUGUCCAGUGGCACAGUGCAUUCCUGACUCAGUCCACCUCUCCCUUCUCUCCCCCGGCUACCUGUUUCAGGGAUGUUGUCCUGUGGCUGUCUCGACCCUUCAUGGCUCACACCCUGUCCACUGGCCUCCGCCAGUGUCUCUGAGUAGCCCUCCCUCCCUCCCUCUCCAGAGAGAGCUGGAUUCUGAGCAAACCCAGCUUUCCUGCCCAUCUCCCCGAACUUCCCUCUGAAACGGCUGAGAUGCCUGCCAGCCGUGGGGCGUCCUGGUGGCUCUGAUUCUUUGGCUUGGGGCAGGCCUCUUCCUCCCAGGGGCAGUGCUGCAGGCGAGCAGAACCCAGCUGAGGCAGGAGCUCAGACCUGCCCUCUGUGGGAGUGCGUGAGUCUGAAGCUGCUCCCCAGGUCGUGUGCCCCCCCCACCCCCGCUCCUAAGGACUUGUUUCUCUGCAGGGCAUGCAGCGGGCAGGCUGAAGCUUGGCUCCCCCACCCCUAACAGUGUGACGUGUGACAGCCUGUGACUCUAGGUAGUGUCCACAUGUCGACUGAAUGCCUGCUUUACAUUAUUUGCAUGGUUAUGAGGCGACAGGGCUGUGGAAGGCAAAUCGAACAGCCGCCCUGGAAGAGCUCGCCUGCCAGCGGGGAGGCAGCUCCUGUUCACACGCAGACGUCAGUGAGGGCACUGAGGGUGCCCACGCCUGGCGCCGUCAUUGCUGCCGGAGCUCAGGCUCCCAAGACGAGGUGAUCCGGAAGGCUUUCUGGAGGAGGAGGGACUUGGGCUGGGCUUCAGCAGACCCUGUGCCGGACCAGAAGGGGCCUUAGCAAUCAUGUAAUGCGCAAUUUUCAAGCCUGGAACCUUUAGGACCCUUUCUUCAAAGAACCCUGUGUAGAAACCCAGCACGCAAAACGGAUGCAAAGCAGCUCCUCCGGUGGGCGCCAGGCUGAGGAGUGCAGGAGCAGCGUGGCCUCGGCCUGAACCGCAGCCUCUCGGGGGCCCCGGGGAGCCCUUCAGGCCCCCAGCAGCUCUACAGAAUGUGACAGGAAAACCACUGGCUGUGUCACAGACGGGCAUCAAUCAGGAAAGGGCCAGCCAGGCAGCUGGGGGCAGAGCUGCAGGCACAGGAGAGGUGAUUUUGUUUUACUUCUCUAUUGAGACCUACCUCCCACCCCAAGUCACCCAUGAGAAGUGGAGCAGAAAUCCCAGUGAGACCUGGGAGUUGUGCAAGAGACAGAGGACAGUACCAUCCUCCCUAUACCCACAGGGACCUUGGCUCCAGGACUCCUAACCCCUCCCCACCCGCCCCCAUGGAUACCAAAAUCCCUUAUGUUCAAGUCCCUUAUAGAAGACGGCGUAGUAUUUGCCUAUAGCCUGCACAUAUCCACCUGUACACUUCGUCCUCUCUAGAUUACUUAUAAUACCUGAUGCAAUGUAAAUGCUAUGGAAGUUGUAGUUAUAUUGUAUUGUCUAGGGAAUUGUGGCAAGAAAAAAAAUGUCCCUACUUGUUCAAUACAGACGCAAAUAUUUUUUUCCACUA